AUUCGAAUAAGCACUCCGGGGCGCUUAUUGUUCAGAUGGGUUUUUGAGGAGCCAGUGUUUACCGGUAAAUGUAGUCUACUAUGCAUAAUUAAUGCAUCUUAUAAUUUCCAAAAUGGUUGGGGAGGUUGGUCUCAAGAAUCUGGUGACGAUUUUGAUUGGACACGAAUAUACGGUUCUACAUCAUCGUCUAACACUGGACCAACAAACGGUCAUUCAGGUUAUAGCCAGGAUUAUUAUGUAUAUAUUGAAACUACUUCUGUAUCUACUGGUGAGUCAGCUCGUCUACAGAGUCCAUUGCUACCAGUGACGCGAAGUUACAGUUUAGAGUUUUACUACCAUAUGUACGGAGCUGCAAUGGGAACUCUCAAGGUUUACAGAAAGUCCACCAACGGUUAUACUUCUCUGUGGACAAGAUCUGGUAACCAAGGGAAUUCGUGGCAUUAUGCAAAAGUAUACUUCCAGCGUUAUGGAAAUAGCAAUAACUACGUCGUAUUCGAAGGCACUGAUGGAAACUCGUUUACAGGGGACAUAGCAAUUGAUGACAUCAACAUCAAUGUUGAAGGAACUAACUUCCAAAAUGAUUGGGGAGGUUGGUCUCAAGAAUCUGGGGACAAUUUCGAUUGGACACGAACAUACGGUUCCACACCAUCAACUGGCACUGGACCAACAAGCGGUCAUUCAGGUUAUAGCCGUGAGUAGGCCUACAUGUAGGGCCCCUCGGGGAGAGCUUCCUUCCCCUCCCCCCCCCCCCCCCUUGUCGGGGAGAAAAAGCACAA